CCAAAACGUCUGCUACUAGUGUGCUUCAGCUUUUAUUCUCUCUGCUUCUGGAUCACCAAAAAUGGCGUUACGUGUGCUUCUAGUGGUGGUGGUUCUGCUCAUCUGCGUCGCCGAGGUUCCGUCGAACGUUGCCAUAGAAGGUGAAGUGAACUAUCUUAACCAGGUUAUUUUUCCUGGAGGGAACAGGAGGCUUAUGCAGUCCAUCGAUUGUGAUGGGUUGUGCAAGGUGCGAUGUGGUCUACACUCAAGGCCGAAUGUUUGCACAAGAGCAUGUGGGACUUGCUGCAAGAGGUGCAAAUGUGUUCCUCCGGGCACUUACGGAAACAGGGAGAUGUGUGGAAGCUGCUACACGGACAUGAAGACUCACGGCAACCGGACUAAGUGCCCAUGAGCGGUUGAGCCAAGCCUAUGACAAAAAUGGCCAAACAGAAAUAGCAUACUGAAAUCACAUAAAGAUACUCUCUCUCUCUCUGUUCAUACCGUGUAGACAAGUCUUCUUUCUUUUUAGUCUGUCAUCGGACAAAAUUUCCUUUUUCUGCCUUGUUGUUAUGGUAGUAGUAAUUGGUGUACUUGUAGUGAUUACAUAUGGAGUUUUUUUUUGGAUUAAGUAGUGAUAAUGAGUACGGGUUUGUGUAUAAUAUAUAUGUGGUUAUGCAUAAGCGUGCUUUACUGCCUUUAAUUAA